AAGAACAGACCUCUGGCGUCAGUAAAUAUUAAAUAUAUCACUGGAUACGCGCUACGUUCAACAUGUGAUUUACGACGAUUUGAUAUUUAUUUUCUAACUCCCAUUUUAGAUUUCUCUAUUUUUGAAUUUAAUAUAAAUUUCUCUCAACAUAUAAAUCACUUCCUAUUACAUAAAGUAACGUGUAUGAAAGAAAUCUUGAAAAUUCAUUAACCAUUGUUAAAAAAGUGUUUCUAGUUUUGUGUGUGUUGGUCUGCUUUAAAACAAUAUGCCAGUGGAUCAGAUUCAAUAUUCUGAGAAAUACAAUGAUGAUAAAUAUGAAUACAGGCAUGUGAUACUGCCACAUGACAUAGCUAGACAUGUUCCAAAGACUCAUCUCAUGACAGAAACUGAGUGGAGAAAUUUAGGAGUCCAACAGAGUCCUGGAUGGGUUCAUUAUAUGAUGCAUGGACCAGAGCCACAUGUGUUAUUAUUCCGUAGGCUGAGGAACGAUUUUGAGGCACCUAGGUGUAUUUCAUCGACAGGAGAAAUCACUACUUGUUGUUGAAUUAAAUUGAAAGUAUUGCUAUGUGUAAGAGAGAGGGAGAGAGAGAUAAAGAGAUUAUAGAUAAGUGUAAAUAAUAUUAAAUAUAUAAAAAAUAA